AUGGUCGACCUCAAGGAUGACCUGCGCACCUCCAUGAUCAUCGCCGCCUUCGUCGGCAUCUCGUGGUACAUCGGCGCCGAGAUCAACACGUCGCUGUUCAUCCUCUUCAAGCGCCGCCGCGGCCUGUACUUUUGGUCGUGCGCCCUCUGCUCGUGGGGCGUCGUGCUGCAGCCGCUGUGCAUCAUCCUGGCCGACUUCGGCAUCUGGACCGACCUCAAGGCCGCCAUCACCUUCAUCUACCUGACCUGGCUGAUCAUGGUCGUGCCGCAGAGCUGGCUGCUGUACUCGCGCCUGCACCUGCUGCUGCACCACGACCGCGUGCUGCGCUGGAUCAAAGCCGUCUUGCUGGUAAACUCGGUUGUGUUCUCAGUGCCGACCAUAGUCGUUGGCAUUCUGGCGCAAACCACCACGACCAACCCGAACCUGUUCCACAUCAACCUAAUCUGGGACCGCAUCCAGCUCACCGUCUUCUUCGUGCAGGAGACGGCCCUGAGCUUGCUGUACAUCUACCACACGCGCCAGUACCUACGCGACUCGUCGCUGCUCUCGCAGCCCCCCCCGUCGUCGGUGCUGCCCCUGCGGCCCGUCGUCGAGACGGACGAGGUACUCCGCCACCUCGUCUACACCAACGUGCUCGUCAUCGCACUCGACGUGGCGCUGCUCGGCGUGCAGUACGCCGACCUGUUCUACCUGCAGGGCGCCUUCAAGCCGUGCGUCUACGGCAUCAAGCUGAAGGUCGAGUUCGCCAUCCUCAACCGCCUUGUCGAGAUGGUGCGCCGGCGCGGCGGCGGCGGCGGCGGCGGCGGCGGCAACAUGUCGUACCCCGGCGGCGGCCAGCAGCUGCAGCUGCCGUCACAGCAGCACCGCCAGCCGUCGGCGUCGUCGUCGCUGCGCCUGAGCCGCGACGACCACAACUCCAAGAGCGUCGCGUCGGACCACAUCGGCCUGCGCGCGCUCGGCGGCGGCGUGACGGAUGGCAAUGUCAAUGCUGUCAGGUCGCAGAGCCAGGAGAGCCAGGCGCCCAUCUGGCACGGUCAGAGCCGGGCUGACGCGGAGGCGUGGCCCCGCGUGUACCAUGUCGGGACUGCGUCUUAGGUUAGUUGUCUCUCUGGCGGGAGGGCAGAUUUGAACCAUGAUUUUAGUCCUUUCUUACUCGUUUCUUUUGGGGGCAAUUCACUUUUCCAUUCAGUAUUAGCGGUCGGAAAUUGGGUAAUUGGCGAAGGCGUCUGGCGUUUCAGCGAAAACGAUGGCAUGAUCAGUCACGGGGCAGGGAAUCAAACAGGGAUCGGAAUAUACCAUUAUACCUAGAUGGACGCGGAGGAUAAAACUUACUGUUAUGGGCAGAGCGGGCGUGUUUGGAACUUUGAAUGUAGAAUAAUACUCCGCUAUUGUCGUGACGUGUUCUGGCUGGGGAACACGCAAAUUGAAUUCCUUCCUGGUCAACACUAAAACUCGAUUC